UCCAGUUUCCCAGGGCGGAUGCGCUUGCGCUCAGCUGCCUGGGCGGGCUGAGAGGCGCGGGUUGAAAAGUCUCGUUCCAAGUUUGGAGAGAGGGAGAGAGAGGAGAGCGUCUCAGACCUCGCUACCCGCAAGCGGGGAGGAGGCAGACGGAGAGAUCGCGGCGUCUGGGGAGAACCCAGACAGCCAGACUCGAGCUCAAGCUUUCCGAGCUAGGAGUGCGUGACGUGCCUGGGAAAGGCAGGAGCGCCUGUGAUCGGGCUGCUCUUGGCUAGCGAGAGAAGUCCGAGGCGGCAAAGGGGGACGAACGACCCGACGCAAGAUGGCGAGUAAAGAGAUGUUUGAAGAUACUGUGGAGGAGCGUGUCAUCAACGAAGAAUAUAAAAUCUGGAAGAAGAAUACACCGUUUCUGUAUGACCUGGUUAUGACCCAUGCUCUUCAGUGGCCCAGUCUUACCGUUCAGUGGCUUCCUGAAGUGACUAAACCAGAAGGAAAGGAUUAUGCCCUUCAUUGGCUAGUGCUGGGCACUCAUACAUCUGAUGAGCAGAAUCAUCUGGUGGUUGCUCGAGUUCAUAUUCCCAAUGAUGAUGCACAGUUUGAUGCUUCCCAUUGUGACAGUGACAAGGGAGAAUUUGGUGGCUUUGGUUCUGUAACAGGAAAAAUUGAAUGUGAAAUUAAAAUUAAUCAUGAAGGAGAAGUAAAUCGUGCUCGUUAUAUGCCACAGAAUCCUCACAUCAUUGCCACAAAAACACCAUCUUCUGAUGUUUUGGUUUUUGACUAUACAAAACACCCUGCAAAACCAGAUCCAAGUGGAGAAUGUAAUCCUGAUCUUAGAUUAAGAGGUCACCAAAAGGAAGGCUAUGGUCUUUCCUGGAAUUCUAAUUUGAGUGGACAUCUCCUGAGUGCAUCUGAUGACCAUACUGUCUGCCUGUGGGAUAUAAAUGCAGGACCAAAGGAAGGCAAAAUUGUGGAUGCUAAAGCAAUCUUUACUGGCCACUCAGCUGUGGUAGAGGAUGUGGCCUGGCAUCUGCUGCAUGAGUCCUUGUUUGGAUCUGUUGCUGAUGAUCAGAAACUUAUGAUAUGGGACACCAGAUCCAAUACCACUUCUAAGCCAAGCCAUUUGGUGGAUGCACACACUGCUGAGGUCAACUGCCUCUCAUUCAAUCCUUACAGCGAGUUCAUUCUGGCAACUGGCUCUGCAGAUAAGACUGUGGCUUUAUGGGACCUGCGUAAUCUGAAACUAAAACUCCACACCUUUGAAUCCCAUAAGGAUGAAAUUUUCCAGGUCCACUGGUCUCCACAUAAUGAAACUAUUCUGGCUUCAAGUGGUACUGAUCGCCGCCUGAAUGUGUGGGAUUUAAGUAAAAUUGGAGAAGAACAAUCAGCAGAAGAUGCAGAAGAUGGGCCUCCAGAGCUCCUGUUUAUUCAUGGAGGACACACUGCCAAGAUUUCUGACUUCAGUUGGAAUCCCAAUGAACCUUGGGUCAUUUGCUCUGUGUCUGAAGAUAACAUCAUGCAGAUAUGGCAGAUGGCUGAAAAUAUUUACAAUGAUGAAGAGUCAGAUGUCACGACAUCGGAACUGGAGGGGCAAGGAUCUUAAACCCAAAGUGUAUGAGUCGUUUCUAUUGAAUGUAUCGCUACAUGAAUGCUUGAUUUGUCAAGCGCCAAAAAGGCAUUGUAUAGUAGGAAAUGUUAAGUGGGAUGGCUUCUGGCACUCUUUAUACCCUCUGAUUCUAGCACUUUCAAGUGAGCUGUUGCGUACUGUAUCAUAUUGUAGCUAUUAGGGGCAAAAAAGGAAUGUUGCUUAAGAAUGGACAUCAUUGUUUUAAAACACACAUUGCUGGGUUUGCCUUUGAUUCAACUGUCAUUUUCUCAAACUUUUAAGUGCUUGCUCAAGUUCCCAAUAUGCGAGAAUAACUUUUACACUUUUUCCUUCCAACACUUCUUGAUUGGCUUUGCAGAAAUAAAGUUUUAAAAUAAA